UCCUAGAGAACACACGAGUCUGUUACAAGCUUCAUCUACGCGUACAUAGUGUUCGUGUGCUGUCGGUCGUCGAAAAGCUGCAGGAACCAUUGAACGUGAGCGUCACGAGGCGCUUGAAAGGCUCAACAAGCAGGCAAUGAUCGUCAUUCUUCUGCAUCUACUUGCUACUCUGACGUGCGCAAAUGCGUUCAACGUCGACACGAGCUUUCCGAUAUUGAAAAAUUCGGGUCGUGCGGGUGAAAAAAUGCAGUUUGGCGCUGCCGUCACCAUUCAUCAAUCGGUAGAUGGGCCAAGAUUGUUGGUGGGAGCCCCCAAGUCCCAAGGAAUGGACAAAACUGUGAGUCGGCCUGGUGCUGUUUACAAAUGCACUAUCACCAACCAUCGAUCUUGCCAAUAUGAAGAACUAGAUGAGAAAGAAAAGCGACCUAAGGUUAUAUCAUCUCUUGAUGUGGAUAGGAGUAAUCAACUGUUUGGCCAAACAUUAGUCAGCUCAAAAGGAAAUAUUAUUGUAUGUGCUCCUCGAUUCAAGACUAAUGAAUCACUGACUGUAAAUAACACUAAACAAUACAGCUAUUACCCCGAUGGUCGGUGUCUUCUUUUCAACAGCUCAUAUGAUGGAGGAUGGAUGUAUUCUACAGAGGCAGUUUCUGACCCACCGGAAAGGGCAAAUGAAGAUUCAUUUGUUGGAAGCCAGUUUGGCUUUAGUGCAGCAUUAAAUAAUGGAGAAAAUAUUGUAAUCGGCUCGCCUGGUUGGCGGUUUGGUGGUGGCAAUGCUUUUUUUGAGAACUUUUCUUACAUCUUAAGUAAUCACGUAGUUGCAAAUUUUAACCCAAAGUACAUUCGUACACCUCUUCCUACAGCAGGAGAUUACGGAGGCUUUUCUGUGGUAAUUGGACAAUUUUUGCAAGUUUCAAAAUUGCAAACUAUCAUGUAUGCUGUUGGAAAGCCAAAAGCAAAUUUAUUUACAGGAGUAGUUGAUAUCUUCAUUGCAUCUCAAGAUGUUCAACUUAAACGUAUGGCCGAUGUCACAGGAGAUAAGGAGCCUGGAGCAAUGUUUGGCUAUGCUCUUGCAUCUCUUGAUCUGAACAGUGACGGAUUUGAUGAUUUGAUAGUUUCUGCACCAUUUCAUGGCACUUUUGGUGUUGAAAAUACUGGGAAAAUAUUUGUUUUUCUUUCUGGCAAGCACACAUUCUUAGCUCCAGUUGAAAUUGUUGGACCUGAGAAGGGUGGCUUUUUUGGGUUGGCUGUUAGUGCAAUAAGUGACAUUGAUCGUGAUGGAUUUGGUGAUGUUGCAGUUAGUGCACCAUUCUUAGGUUCAUCAUCAGGGGGAACUGUAUAUAUUUAUCGAGGAUCUCAGUUUGGCAUUAUUGAAACCUUCAGCCAAGUGAUCAGAGGAGAAACGUUUAAUCUGAUGUCAUUUGGUUAUGCACUUACCAGUGCUGUUGACAUUGAUGACAACAAGUACCCAGAUUUACUGAUUGGAGCAUAUUUGUCAGAGUCUGCUGUAUUGCUCAGGACACGACCAAUUGUCAUUGUGAAUUCAUCUCUUACAGCUGACCCUGAUGUCAUAGAUCUUUAUAAGCCCAACUGUCAUUAUGACGGAAAAAAUACAUCAUGUUUUAACUUGUCAUUAUGCUUGUCAUUUCAAGUCAAACCUGGCGCUGAUCCUAUCCAAUCUCUCAGAGUCACGUAUGAAAUUGUUUUGGACACUCUUCGGAGAAAAUUAGUAUCUCGUGGAGAAACAGCAGGCGCAUACAAAACUGCAAUCAAUACGAAUAUGGUACUAAAUGGUAUUGGUGAGAAGACAUGCACUCACUUUCUUGUGGCAGUACAUAGUGCUGCUGCAGAUCGAAUUUAUUCUUUUGACAACAUUAUGAGAAUUACAGAUGUCGAUUUUGAAAAUGAGAAGUUGAAUAAUGGCUUUCCGCAGCUGAAACCUGUUCUAGAUUUUAACUUACAGAAGAAAGAAAUAGUCAACUCUGUUAAAGUACAACUGCUGUGUAUUUAUGAUCCUUGCAGUCCAGAUUUGAAUGUGGAGUUUUUGCCGGGGAGUACCAGUCAGCUAAGUUUAGGUUCAUCACAAGGAGUGUUGCUACUUUUGCAACUAAUGACUUUAAAUGACACAGCCUAUGGUGCUCAGCUUAACAUUUCUGUCAAUAUUUCCAAAUUGAGUUUUAAUCAAGUACAAAUCAGUGAUCCUCGUAUCAAAUGUGAUCAAGUUUCAACAGGAGUUUUAUGCCAAGUUGGGUAUCCUCUAAGGAGUUAUGACUCAUUGAAGUUACCUAUUAUGUUACGAGAAGUCAACAUCGAGGAAAGUGACUUAUCUAUUCCAGUUUCUGUUACUGUUAUUAGUAGACAUGAGGAGGCGAGUCAUCUCUUACAUGACAAUGAGAAGCUGCAUUCUAUUAGACUAGUAGAAAAUGCAACAAUAUAUGUCAAUGGUUCAAGCUAUCCAUCGCAGUUAAAUGUAGGUGCGAGUCGAAUAGAAGACAUUAUUUCUCCUGAGGCACCAAGGAAUGUUACAGACAAGCCUUUUGCUCAUAAGUACACGUUUAGGAAUGGCGGUCCAAGCGCAGUGGAUAGAAUAGAUGUAAGGGUUUGGCUACCCACAUUUGCUUUGAAUAAUGUCCAGGUUCAGAGUGAAGCAGAUAUAAAGUGCAAUUUGUUACAUCUCGGGGAGGACCAGCAAAAAUGGCAAACUGCAUCUCGAUUUGACGUUCCCUUGUGUGGCGAUGUAUACACUUGUGCACCUGUUGAUUGCGUGAUAUCUCAACAUGUAGAACCAACGCAAGCAGUUUCUGUUACUUUGACAGCAACAGUCAAUCUUCAAGUGUUUCUUGAUUUUGCUUUGAGUCAUCACACUAAUGAUUCUAAUGUUGUGGCAAGCGUUACCACGUAUGUGGAAGCUAAUGCAACUGCAACAUCUCAGCGUGUGCUGUAUACACAUUCAUCUGUUGGUUUCUUGAAAUUAUCAGUGGAGUACAUUAGUGUUGUUCGGCCAUGUAUUGCAAUUUGGAUUCUAGUGGUCAGCGUGGUCAGUGCACUGCUGUUGUUGAGUGGAGCAGUGUGGUUUCUUCAUUUGAUUGGAUUUUUCAAGACGUGUGUCACAUUGAGCGUAGCUGAUCUUAUAGCGACUAAAUCUGUGAACCAAGGGAGUUUCCCAGGAGCAAAUGGUGCAACAACUACAAACAAUCAGCAAAAUGUUAAAACUGGAGUCAAACAUGAGGGCAGCAAAACGAAAACCAACUCUGUUGGAAGCUCAAAAUCUGGUUCAAAAUCAGGAUCUCUGGAUAAUUAUCGGCGUGUGAAGCGGCACAGGAGAACAACCAGCUCUCAAUCAUCAGACGAUGAAGGUAUUACGUUGGGAACAUUUGAAUUAUCGGGAGAGGCUCGAUCUACACGUACGUGGAGUAGACCUAGUGUAAAGGAUUACAGCACAGGAACUACUAGCUCCUCGCAGAACAGUCACAGAAGUUCACAGGUUUAGUCUUCACAUUGUACUGUGUAAUUCUUAUUAUUUUCAAUACUGGAUUAGCUUUAUGCCGAGGUCGACAUACAUGUACAAGUAGUUUGGGACUUGGUGACAGACAAUUGUUAGAGGAGACUACCAUCUUAGCUUGCUGUGAUUUCUUGUAUGUGUACAAAGGUUUAUCAAAGUGCAUGUAGUUACAUAUAGAUCUGGCAUGCAAAUAUGGCAACAAGUGCUAACUGUUUGUGAU